AUGACUGAGAAGUUUUCUGAAGCUCUUUUGCCACCAAUUGGUGGACAAGUGAUAAAUAUUCCAAAAGAUAUUCAACAAUUAACAAUCAAGGAUGGAACUAUAUUUAUUGGAAAAGAACAUUCCCAUCCAUUAUUUUUAUUAUGUCGAUAUUUAUUGGUAUUCGGUUUAUUGAUGAUUUUUGGAAUGGGAGUAAUUACGAUUACAUCAAGAUUUCGACAAGGACCUACACUUAUUUUUGUUAAUCAAGCGGAUAGUUCACGUACUGAUCCAUUAGCCGAUCGUAAAACUACAGAGUCACCGACUACACGAGUAACAACUGUUCAAAUGACAAAUCGUGAACCAAAUAUGGCGGUUCUCUUUUCAAUUAUGAAUCCGACUGCAAGUUUGUCCCGUUACUAUCAAGUUAGUACGGUCUAUAUAGCAAAAGGUUAUCAAACAACAUUAUCGUUCUUUAUUCAAGAUGGCCCGUCAUACACACAUCUUGAUGAUGUAUCAGUCACUAAUUCAUUAGGACGAGAAUUACUUGUCAACGGUGAUUUUGAAAAUAGUACUUAUUAUUCGUAUGGAUGGGUAGGUGCAAGUAUUGAUCGAGCUGGUAAUGCACAUAUGGGUCAGGGAUGCCAUCGUGAAGGUAGCUCGACAGUGCAUAAUGUCUCGCAAACGUUUUACACAGCACCUGGAGACAUACUCAAUAUUAGUUUCUGGAUUAAAUGGGGAGGUACCGGUCAAACUGUUUCAAGCAAAGCCACUAUUUAUCCAUAA